GAUGGUCCCGUGACCGGAAGCUGGCGAGGGAGAGGCGGAAGUGAAAGCGGGGAGGCUGUUUGGCCCCAUUAAAGCGGAGCCGACGGGAGCGGAGGAGGUAGCGAGGCUUGGAGCAGGUGCCGUGGGGAUACCGAGCGCGGUGCAUUGUGGUCUACGUGAAAACCAGUAAGAGCUGAUGAAGGACUGAGGAAGAAAUUUAUGUUUGAAAGAUGACUUCUAGGAAGAAAGUGUUACUGAAAGUCAUCAUCCUUGGAGACUCUGGGGUGGGGAAGACAUCACUCAUGAACCAGUAUGUGAACAAGAAAUUUAGUAACCAAUACAAAGCAACAAUAGGAGCAGACUUCCUGACAAAGGAGGUGAUGGUGGAUGAUAGAUUAGUCACAAUGCAGAUAUGGGAUACAGCAGGACAGGAACGGUUUCAGUCUCUGGGUGUGGCCUUCUACAGAGGAGCAGACUGCUGUGUGCUGGUAUUCGAUGUGACGGCUCCAAAUACAUUUAAAACCCUAGACAGCUGGAGGGACGAGUUUCUCAUUCAGGCCAGUCCAAGAGAUCCUGAGAACUUCCCUUUUGUUGUGUUGGGAAACAAGAUUGACCUAGAAAACAGACAAGUUACCACAAAACGAGCACAGGCUUGGUGCUACAGCAAAAAUAACAUCCCGUACUUCGAAACUAGUGCCAAGGAGGCCAUUAAUGUGGAACAAGCUUUCCAGACAAUUGCACGGAAUGCACUUAAACAGGAAACAGAGGUGGAGCUCUACAACGAAUUCCCUGAACCCAUCAAACUAGACAAGAAUGACCGAGCAAAGGCCACUGCAGAGUCCUGCAGCUGCUGAGAUGGAGGGGUUGAGCACAGUCCUUCACAAACAGAUCACACUUAGGCCUUCAAACACACAGCCCCUCUUCUAUGUAAAAACAAAAUAAACUUCCAUCUCCAGCUGCCAAAAUCCUCCCAUCUACCAUGAGCAACUGUAAGCCCAUUCUUCUACACACAACUCAUCCAUGCCCCUACAUCCUUCCACAUCACUUCAUGGUAACAGGCCUUUCUCUUAGUUUAAAAUGGAAAUUCUUAUGUAUGUUUGGAACGUAAGCUAAUUUCAGGUGUCCAAUGGAAAGAAACUGUUUACAGGUAAUCUGUGUAACAAGUGACAUACAUUUUUAACUGUCUUGUGUUCCCCUGUGAAGGCUGCAACUGGAAAGGCUGAUUACCCAUAGUUCAUUGCAAGCUCAGCACUCAGUCCAAUUAGGUUGAGUUUUGUAUGUAUCUCUGUUAAUGCUUGUUACUUUUAACUAAUCAGAUCUUUUUACAGUAUCCAUGUAUUAUGUAAUGCUUCUUUAGGAAAAAUCUUAUAGUACAUGUUAAUAUAUGCAACCAAUUAAAAUGUAUAAAUUAGUGUAAAAUUCUUGAAUUACAUGUUUAAGUACUGAAACACAGAUUGGCUAGAAAGUGAGGAGGACGCUGAAAUGCAGCGUGCUAGCAAUGAAGUCCAGAUAGAGGCAGUAUUCUGUACAGUAGAAGCAAGAAUUAUGUAAGUCUUUUUUUUAUUGACUUUGAGAGCUGAAAAAAGCUUCAUCUCCUGGAAAAUUUGUCUGGCUUCCUUGUAGUUAAAUUUUCAGAGGAGGAUAUGCAUACUGGAUUAUUGGAUUCCAAAAACUAAAUACAACUGUCAAAUGCUCAUCUUGUUUGUUCGCCUUCCCUGCCCACUUACCUUUAAAUGUUCUGCAAAGAAUGCAAAGAGUCUGAGGUGUUCCAGUGACUUCCCACCUUUCGUGGAUGGAGCUCAUCUUUCCCUUUUUCUGGGUUGAGGUGGUCAUCCUUUGACAAAUGACUUGGAUUAUAAAUCUUCUCUCCCUUCUUGCUGACCACUAAUCUGGAAUUUUUGGUAUGGGAAAAACUUGGUUGUCCCCUCCCUUUCCUCCUCUUCCCUAGUCCUUGUUCUUGCAUUUGUAGCUUGCUUCAAUGGGACACUUCUACCUGUUUUCCAGAAGUCUACAUUCUAGUACGUAGGCUGAGCAGUUCUGUAAAGACGAACAUGAUGCCAAUAAACUUAAUGAGAAUGAA